ACGUCACUCGUUCGUCCCAACACGGAAAUGCGGAUUAUUGAGCGUUACGUUGCUAGUGAGAUGAAUUUAAAGUGAUAAUACGUUGUUCCUAAAACAUCAACAUGCCCGCCACUUGUGAUGUUAAACGGUAGGUUUGAGCUGGCAUCGACGUAUGGACAACUGGAUAUGAAGAGGGAAUUCGACCUUUGAUUUUUAAGUGGCGUUCGUAGCUGCCAAGAGGGGAGGGGGUCAUGAGAGCCUUUGGCUGCCUGCUGCUAUGCCUUCUCCUGCUGUCUUGGAAAGUCAAACUUUCACAGGUUGGAGGGGUCAAAGCAGCCACCCUCCCAGAAUCCCUUCUGUUUGUUUCCACCCUGGACGGAAGUCUUCACGCUGUCUCCAAACAGACUGGAGAUAUCAAAUGGACCUUAAGAGAAGACCCCAUUAUUCAAGUGCCUGUCUACCUAACUGAGCCAGGUUUUCUUCCAGACCCCAAUGAUGGCAGCUUAUACAUACUCGGUGGGAAGCACAAAGAAGGCCUAAUGAAACUUCCAUUCACCAUCCCAGAGCUGGUUCAGUCUGCCCCAUGCAGGAGUUCUGAUGGUGUACUCUAUACAGGGAAAAAGCAGGAUGUGUGGUUUGUGGUGGAUCCUGAGACGGGUGAGAAGCAAACCAGUCUGACCACAUCUUCAUCUGAUUCCAUCUGUCCCAACACUCACUUACUCUACAUUGGACGUACAGAGUAUGUAGUUACAAUGUAUGAUACUAAGACACAGGAGGUGCGAUGGAAUGCCACCUACAACGACUACUCCGCUCCGCCUUAUGAUGAGAAACAAGACUAUAAGAUGGCUCAUCUUUUGUCAAGUGGGGAUGGCCUUGUUGUUACGGUCGACAGAGAGUCAGGUGACGUUCUGUGGAGUCAGGACUACGGCUCUCCCGUUGUGGGGGUAUAUCUGUACCUGGGUGACUCGCUGAGACAUGCCCCCCAUCUGUCACUUGCCAUGGAAACGCUACGCUUCCUCACCUUCUCUUCGGCAGGUGACCAGAUGGACGCCCACGCCACUCUCAAAUGGAGCUAUCAGUUUGUAAAGGAGCAAGCCAUCGCACACACGCAACUUGUGCCGACUCUCUAUGUUGGAAAACUGGACUCCCACCUCUAUGCUUCCACUUCCCUUGUUCAUCAUGGAUUCUCAUUAGUUCCCCGGGGACUGACUCUCGGCCGGAUUGAGGGUCCAGAGACAGUUGGCGUGACGGUCAGUGAGCGAGGGGAGUGUGAGAUCACACCAUCCACUGAUGUACGCCUUCCUCCUGGGAGCACAAACAGCCGGAAAAACCACUGGCUGUUAAUAGGCCACCAUGAGCUCCCACCCGUAGCCCACACCACCAUGCUGAGGGAUUUCCCAGUCAGCCUGCAGCGCUCAAAUGAAGCCGUCAUCCCUCCUCAACCUCCUGCCACCCCUUCCUCGCACCCAUCCAAUUAUCACCAGCAUCACCUGGGGCCAGUUGGCCACAGCGAUGGCAAAGCCAAUGGCGGAGAAGGUAACAGGAGGACAUCUGCAACACCCCAGAAGCUGGCCCCUUUGAUUCCGAGCCAUGUGAUGCAAGACCGGCUGACUCUGGCUGUCAUGACCUUGUUGCUGGGAGGAUGGCUGGCCUUUGCCCUUACGUGUCCAGUGCGAAUAGCCAAGCAGAUGAAAGCAAAGCAGCAACAGCAGCAGCAGCAGCGGCAGGAGUUGCCAUUGGAAUCUCAGGCUCAGCGCACACAAACUGCAACCCUGAUUUCUGAUGCCGCAACACUUUCAACUGAAACAAACCUUUCAAGUGGCUCCCAGAAUGCACCAGUAGACACUCUAUUUAGUGCUAGCUCUGACAGCAGUAGCACCGCAAGUGUGGAUAAUAACAACAUGACAGGGCAUCAAACCACAGCAGCAGAAAACAAUGACAUACAUGUGGGUAAAAUCUCCUUCACUACAUCUCAAGUCCUCGGACACGGCAGCUCCGGAACCUUUGUCUUCAGGGGAAACUUUGACGGACGCCACGUAGCGGUGAAGCGAAUCCUACCCGAAUGUUUUGAGGUUGCAGAUCGUGAAGUUCAGCUCCUGCGUGAGUCUGACAUGCACCCCAAUGUCAUCAGAUACUUCUGUACCGAGAGGGACCGUCUCUUUACAUACAUUGCCAUUGAGCUGUGCGCCGCCACCCUGCAACAGUAUGUGGAGGAUCCAUCUUGCUUUCCAGACCUGAAUCCUAUUACGUUGUUGGAGCAGACCACUUGUGGCCUCUCGCACCUCCACUCUCUUAAUAUAGUCCACCGGGACCUGAAGCCUAGAAACAUCCUCCUGUCCUUUCCCAGUUCACUGGGUCAGGUCCGAUCGCUCAUCUCUGAUUUUGGCCUCUGCAAAAAGAUAUCAGAUGGUCGGAACAGCUUCUCGUUGCGCUCUGGAAUACCAGGCACUCAAGGCUGGAUAGCACCUGAGCUGCUGAGAAAUAAUACUGACAGCAAACCAACUGCAGCUGUGGACAUCUUCUCAGCAGGCUGCAUCUUUUACUACGUGGUCAGUGGGGGCCAGCACCCUUUUGGAGAAACAUUGAUGCAGCAAUUUAACAUCUUGUCGGGAGAAUAUUCACUCUCAUAUUUAAUGGAGUGUACACACGAUGACGUCAUUGCUCGGGACCUGAUUGAGCAGAUGAUCAGUGUGAAGGCGGAAGCGCGUCCCUCCAGCGCCAGCGUGCUCAAGCAUCCUUUCUUUUGGAGCCCUGAGAAACAGCUGCUCUUCUUUCAAGAUGUGAGCGACCGCAUUGAGAAGGAACCACCUAACAGUGACAUUGUGAUUAGACUGGAGAGUGGGGGGAGGUCCGUGGUUCGGACCAACUGGAGGAUGCACAUAUCCGUGCCCCUGCAGACAGACUUAAGGCGCUUCCGGACGUACAAAGGCAACUCUGUGCGAGACCUGCUGAGAGCCAUGAGGAAUAAGAAGCAUCACUACCACGAGCUGCCCCCUGAUGUGCAGCAGACACUUGGCGAGCUUCCCGAAGGCUUUGUUGGCUACUUCACUUCCCGCUUUCCCAGGUUACUGAUGCACACGCACACUGCCCUGCAUAUCUGUUCACACGAGAGACUGUUUCAGCCCUACUAUCUGCCCCCACUGCCAAAUAGCGGUCACGGGACACUGACCGACUGACAGUGGCUACUCCUCAUUAUUGCUUUUGUAAAGCUGUUACUGUUUUGCUUGAUACAUUGAUUUUAAAGAGUUUCAUAUGAAUUUAUUUGUUACAGAAAAAUAAUGCACUAAUUUAAGAAUAUAUUACACUUUUUAUUAAUUUCAAAAGACCCAAUCACAAAGGGUGUUAUGCCUCAUUGCAACACUAGUGUCAAGGCAACCAGUUCAUAAUGGCUACAUGAAAGAAAGAACCUUUACAAGUAGGCAGUUUAUAACUUUUAAAAGGUUUUACCCCCGCCAGACUUUUUAGACAACAUGCACAUUGCUUUGUUUCUAUGUAUACCUUGAGGUAGCAACACUGACUGACAAAUGACCGACACACAGUUAACUGCUGUUAACAUCUUCAUUUAUAACCACUGUGCUAUGACAAUAAUAGAAAUGACACAUUUAAACUAACACUCCCUGACGUUUACUCCUUUUUUUACAUCUCAAACUCUGGUUUUGUGUGAACUUCUGCUCCUAUUACUACGGAAUGAAGGCUUCUUCAAAGUUGUGCAGUAGAACGAAUGUUGAAAUACUCCUGUUUUUGUACUCAUUUUUUGGAACAAGUUAAUAAAAUUUGACUUUGAGUGUACAAACAUA